AUGCUAAUUUUCAAAUUGCUGCUACAUGGAGGAGAAUCUGAUUAUGACAAAACAUUUUAUAAAGUAUGGAUUAUGACUUCCCAGCUAGAUUUGAUAGCAGUCUCCAUGCACAGAGAUUGGAAUAUAGAUAUUUUCCAUGGGACUCUAGCCUUCACAGCACACUCGCAGGAAGUACCAGGAUUCCAAGAUUUUCUUCAUAAUAUAAGGCCCCAUUUAGCCAAGGAUGAUGGUUUCAUUCAAGAAUUCUGGGAGCAGGCAUUUAGCUGUUCAAUGACAAAUCUUGAUUUUAAUGGGGAGACCUGUACUGGAGAAGAGAGGUUGGAGAGCCUUCCUGGACCAUUCUUUGAAAUGAGUAUAACAAGCCACAGCUAUAGCAUCUACAAUGCCGUGUAUGCUUUGGCUAAUGCUGUUCAUACCAUGUACUCAUCCAUGUACACAUCCAGAAUAAUUAUGUCCACAGGGAAACUGGAACACGAGAACAUGCAACCAUGGAAGCUCCAUUCUAUUUUGAGGAAUCUCCCAUUUAACAACAGUGCAGGAGAAACAGUGUUUUUAAAUGAGAAAGGGGAAAUAACAAUGGGGUUUGACAUUACAAAUUUGAUUACUUUCCCUAAUAAAUCCUUUGUCAGAGUGAAAGUUGGAAGGAUGAAUCCUUGGGAUCCAUCAGGAGAUGUGUUCAGUAUUGCCAAGGAAGUCAUGUGGCCCAGAAUCUAUAACCAGGUGACUCCCCUUUCUCUUUGUAACGACCGAUGCCACCCUGGUUAUCAGAAGGAAAAGAAAGAAGGGGAGCCAUUUUGCUGCUAUGGUUGUGUUCCAUGUCUAAAUGGGAAAAUAUCUCAGGAGACAGAUACAAUUUCUUGUACUGCAUGUCCAGAAGAGCAGUACCCAAAUGAAAAACAUAACCAAUGUAUCCCUAAAGUAGUAACGUUCCUAACUUACGAGGAGCCUUUGGGCAUAGCUUUAGCCUUUUUUGCACUUCUAUUUUCUUUAACGACUGCAUUGGUUCUAGGAACAUUUAUAAAUUACCAGAAUACUCCCAUUGUGAAAACCAAUAACCGGAGUUUGACCUACACUCUCCUUGCUUCUCUUCUACUCUGCUUCCUUUGUCCCUUACUAUUCAUCGGUAAGCCUGAGAAGAUAACAUGUCUCCUUCGCCAAGUGGCUUUCAGUAUCAUCUUCUCAGUGGCUGUAUCUUGUGUGCUGGCAAAAACCAUCACAGUCAUCUUAGCUUUCAUGGCCACCAGGCCAGGAAGCAACAUGAGGAAAUUGGUGGGGAAAAGAGUGUCCUGCUGUAUUGUGCUUCUGUGCUCCCUUAUUCAAGCAGGGAUUUGUAUUGUUUGGUUGACUACUGCUCCCCCUUUCCCAGCCAUGGACACAAGCACAAUGGCUACAGAAAUCAUCCUAGAAUGUAAUGAAGGUUCUAUGGCUAUGUUUUAUUUUUCCUUGGGCUAUUUGGGUUUUCUGGCUUUUGUGAGCUUCUCUGUUGCUUUCCUUGCCAGAAAGCUUCCUGAUAGUUUCAAUGACGCCAAGUUCAUCACUUUCAGCAUGCUGGUGUUUUGUAGUGUUUGGUUAUCCUUUGUACCAACAUACUUGAGCACCAAAGGAAAAUACAUGGAAGCUGUGGAAAUCUUUUCCAUUUUAGCCUCCAGUGCUGGGCUGCUGGGUUUUAUUUUCUUCCCCAAAUGCUAUAUUAUUGUGUUUAAGCCAGAACUGAACAUAAAAGAACAACUAAUAAAGAGGAAAAAUUAG